UCUACUUCUGUCAUUUCUAAACAACCAUGGCGUCGUACGAAGAGGAUGGACCUGUAGCCAAGUCUGGCGCCGCUGAGGAGCAAGGAGACAGAAAACCAGCCGCUAUAUCUUUUGGUUUUACUAAAACUAUAAACAAAUUCAAAUCCUCGAGUGCCAGCGUCGCAAGCAAGGAGGAUGAGCGGGAUUACUUGACCGGAAUUGACGAGAGAAAACUGCAAAGUUCAAAGCCAGCCGAGGAGCCCCAGGAGCUCAUCAUCCCCCUGAUCCAGAGGAACCGCUGGUGCAGGCCGGGCCGAGCGGGACACACCGCCCCGCCGGAGGCAGGAGAGGGAGACACACAGCACACAGCUGGGGAGCAGGACUCUGUGGAGUCACAGGCUGUCAAAGAGCUUAUUGAAGACUCCCAGAGGCAGCUUGACAAGUGGCAGAAUGGGUCUCAGAUAGACUACCAGCUCACCAUCCCCCUGCUGAUGCAAAACCAGGUCCCUGAGGGCUUUGAGGACGGAGACCAAGUCAAGGUGGACCUGCGGCCUGAAUCUUCGACAGAGGCAGAUUAUGAGCGCAUUCCUGUUGCAGCUUAUGGCCUCGCUAUGCUGAAGGGGAUGGGCUGGAAAGAAGGAGAGGGUAUCGGACGCACUUUUAAACAGGAUGUGAAGCCUAUCGAACACCAACUCCGUCCGAAAGGUUUGGGUCUCGGAGCAGAUCGUUCGGCGAUCAGGGACCUGGAGCCCAGCAGACAUCGACGUCCCCCUAAGCCAGGCGAGGAGCAGGCAAAGGAGGAGGCUCUGGUGCUGGGGCCUGGGGGCUGCGUCCUGGUGGAGUCUGGUGCACACAAGGACCUGUAUGGGAAGAUAGAGGGGGUCGAUCCAGACAACGCCCGAGUUGUGGUGAAGCUGGCUAUUGGUGGCAAGACUGUGACCGUCAGCCAGUACGCCAUAAAGCUGGUUGAUAGUAAAGAGUACGAGAAAUACAGCAAAGACCUCAGUCGCCUCACUAAAGCCCAUAAAGAGAAGGAAAAAGAGAAGGAGAAGGAACGGGACAAGGAGCGACAGAGACGGGAGGAGAAAGAGAGGAGGGGUAGUGGUGACGAGAGGGUGAAACACAAGUCGGAUGGAGACAGAGGAAAAGAUGAGCGAAAGAGAAAACACAAAGACUCAAGUCAAGACAGAGAGAAGCCCCCGGUGAAAGAGGCACGGCAACAACCGGCUGCCCCCUCCUGGCUCCAGAGAGACCUGAAAGUGCGCUUUGUAGACAAAGCAUUCAAAGGGGGCAGGUACUACAACUCCAAGAUGCGUGUGGAGGACGUCCUGACACCGAGUACCUGUGUGUGUCGAACUGAAGAGGGAAGACUGUUAGAUGAUGUGAAACAGACAAUGCUGGAGACAAUUGUGCCAAAGAAUGAAUCGGACGCUAUAAUGGUUGUGCUGGGUGAACACAGGGGGCAGGUGGGGCGUAUUCUCCAGCGUGACAGGAACAAGUGCAGAGCGAUGGUACAGCUGGACCGCUACGAGGAGAAAGUCUUCACGCUAGACUAUGACUCUAUCUGUCACUACCUGGGAGCAGGAGAACACUGACUUUUCUCCCUCUCUGACCUCAAUUUCUAACAUCACUCGCCCCUCCCUCCAACCCAACUCAACCCGAAAUAUUGUCUUUUUGUAUUGUAAUGUUUGGAAAAUAAUGGAUUCAUAAGAUUAUGGUGUUUUAUGAUAUUGCACUUUUGUAAUAAAAUCAUGUUUAAA